AUGGAAAAAGAUAAAAUACUAAUGGCUGUUGGUUUUACAUUCGCAGCUGUAGUAGGAGCAUAUGUUUUCUGGAAUCCUUCGGGUGCAUCACGUUUACGUCAGCGUCGAGGUGAGAUAGUAGGUCUGCACAACUUUGGCCAGACAUGCUUUUUAAAUACUCUACUGCAAGCUUUAGCAGCUUGUCCGCAAUUUAUCGCAUGGUUGCAAUUGUACAAUAAUGCGACACUGGGUCGCAAAUAUCUUAUUAGCUCAUUGCUAAAUACUUUGGAAGUAAUUAAUGGCACCCACGCAACUUUACGCGGCAAUCCUUACUCACCCAGGGAUGUUUUGCACGCUUUGAACUUCUUGGGUCGGAUUAGACUUCAGGAGGAACAUGAUGCCCACGAAUUAUUUCAUAUUAUGCUGUCUUCAUUAGAAGAGGAAGUUCAUCGCCCAAAGCAAGUGUAUUCCUUAUCGGACGCUUUGCCUAUAGGUGAGGAUAACGGCAAGCUACUCAAUCAGCCUUCAAGUGCCAUGGUAACUGAUUUUCUGUAUGCUGGUAAUGGUGAGGCCAUCGGACUUCCACGCUUAGAACGCACACCUGAUUCACCGGCAUCCGUCGUCGAAAGGGAAUUAGCGGGAGAUCAUUUGUCAAUGAAAGCCGAACCAACCGAUUUUCUGGAAGCUGAUCUGCUUGCCAUGCCCGCUCUUGGAGACCAAAUCGACAGACGUAGUCGUUCAAAGCAAGUUAUUAGCAAACGAGUAUCUAAUUCGUACCGGUCGUUCGAACGUUUAAGCCGCGGUCCCGGCAGGUUGUCUAUUUGGCCUGAACAAAUGCCUACACAAGUACCACAUCCAUUUCAAGGCACUCUAGGGACUCAAAUCAUUUGUAACGCCUGCGGCUUUAAGUCGACCGUGCGUUAUGACAAAUUUGAUAGCAUCACCUUAAAUUUGCCCUUACAAAAUCGUGCAGGUCUCAGUUUGGACCAAUUGUUAAGCGAUUACAUAACAUCGGAAGAUGUUGCGGAUGUCAAAUGUGAAACAUGCAAAGAAACCACUACUCACACGAAGUCUUUGACAUUUGCGAAAUUACCGGCUUGUCUCUGUAUACAUAUUGCACGCACCAUUUGGUUACCAACAGGGCAAGUGUGCAAGCGUCAAGAUUAUGUACAUUUCCCUGAAAGCUUGUCAAUGGCACCUUAUACUUUCGUACAACCACAUUUAAACAGUCAGACUGGUACUCCAUGGGAUUCUACUAUGUCAUUGCUAUCUUCUAGUCUACCUAUGAACAAUUCGGGUGAAUUAUAUGGAAGUGUGGUCAGUAAAUUUGGACCUAUGUUUCUUCGCAGUCCCUAUCGCUUAUUGGCUGUGGUCGUGCACUCAGGUGAAGCUAAUUCCGGCCAUUUUGUUACUUAUAGAAGAGGUGCUCUGCAUAACGCUCAUCGUUGGUACUAUACUUCCGACGCCGUGGUGCGAGAUGUUUCAAUUGAUGAGGUUCUAGGUGUACCGGCAUACUUAAUAUUCUAUGACCGUCAUUCUCAAAGGCGAAUGCGUUAA